UCUGUUCGAUCCGAUUCAAUAUUUUCUUUGCUUCGUUUACUGAAUUUGUUCUCGAUUUGUCAUUGUCCUUCCACAUUUGAUCUGAUCUCCCUUUUAUGUUGAAAAUCCUGAUUUGAAUUUCGGAUUUUUACGUAAGUAGCGAAAUUGGGAAUCUCAUGAUCGCGUGCUUUUUUUGUUUCUUUUGAUCGCGCGAGUGGGGUAUUUUAAACUGAUGCAUUAUUCUGUCUCUGCUGCUUGAUCUAAUGAUAAAAAGAGGCUUGAAAAAAAUGGGGCUUUCAUUCACCAAGCUUUUUAGUCGGCUCUUUGCCAAGAAGGAGAUGCGUAUCCUCAUGGUGGGUCUUGAUGCUGCUGGUAAGACCACCAUUCUCUACAAACUUAAGCUGGGAGAGAUUGUGACCACCAUUCCCACUAUUGGGUUUAAUGUGGAGACUGUAGAAUACAAGAACAUUAGCUUUACAGUCUGGGAUGUCGGGGGCCAGGACAAGAUCCGACCUUUGUGGAGACAUUACUUUCAAAACACUCAAGGGCUCAUCUUUGUUGUUGAUAGCAAUGACCGAGACCGUGUGGUUGAGGCCAGGGAUGAGCUACACAGGAUGUUGAAUGAGGAUGAAUUGAGAGAGGCAGUGUUGCUAGUGUUUGCUAACAAGCAAGAUCUGCCAAAUGCUAUGAAUGCUGCUGAGAUAACUGAUAAGCUUGGUCUUCACUCUCUCCGUCAGCGCCACUGGUAUAUCCAGAGUACAUGCGCCACUUCUGGUGAGGGGCUGUAUGAAGGACUUGACUGGCUCUCAAAUAAUAUUGCAAACAAGGCAUAGACGGUAGAAUUCUGAGUUUUGGAUUGCAGCAAGUUCUGGAACACACGGCUGGUUAUUUCUUAUUUUGUUUUACCGUACCAUUACUUUAUAGAAUCUUUGUUACUUGAGUCAGAUUAUUUGUGUUUUUCUCAUGCAAACAUUGCGCUAUUGUUUACCCAGUAGUUGCAGAAUAAUUCUCACAUUUCAAAAUUUUCAUCUUUCUGCCUA